AUACCUUUGGGCGGUGGGAUUGAGUCGAGUCGAGUCGAGUCACGCGAGCUUGAAAUUGAAUUUCGAGUCAGGGACAGGAAGCAAGGGGAGACGGGUAUAAACUUCGCCACAAGCCCUACCGGCGUGACAUUCCAUCGCCUGCAGAACCAAUUGACGGAGUCUGAGCUGAACGGAGCUAGUACGAAGAAGCAUCAUCAGCAGCAAGUAAGUUUUAGUCAGGCGAAGAGUAACCACAUGGAAUCUGCCAGCUCUCGCGGCCAAAACCCGAAACGGAAGCGAGAGGCUUCAUCCCUUCCUCCGUCGCAUCCGCCGCCAGAUUUCUUUGACAAUGGCAACGAUGACCACUACGUCGGCGGUAUCACUGGCACUAGCAACAAUAGCAGCAACGAUGUCGACCUCAGUCUCCUGGAAGCCGUCGAGAAGUCGCAGAGUGCCGUCGAAGCUCUCGACCUCCGUACCUUGAAGAAGCUGGUUCUCUCCUUCGAGCGCCGCUACAAGGAGAACAUCGAGGCCCGCCUCAAGUACCCUGACCAGCCCGACCGCUUUUCCGAUUCUGAGGUCGAACUCCAUUUGGAGCUCGAGAAGCUCCGAGUGCUCGCCGGCGGCCCGGAGCUGUAUCCAGACCUCGUCAAUCUCAACACGAUUCCUUCAAUUUUGGGCCUUCUCACGCACGACAACACCGAUAUAGCUGUCGACGUUGUUCAGUUACUGCAGGAUCUUACCGAUGAGGACGUUCUGGAGGACAACGACGAGCCAGCCAGGGUUCUUGUGGAUGCGCUUGUGGAGAACAAUGUGUUGGAGCUCUUGGUUCAGAAUCUGCAGAGGUUAUCCGAGACGGAUGCUGAUGAGAUGGCUGCAAUCUACACUACGCUGGCGACGAUUGAAAAUAUGAUCGAGGUGAAGCCGGCUGUGGCAGAAUUGGUAUGCGAGAGGACGAAACUGCUCAGGUGGUUGCUUGGGAAGAUCAAAGUGAGAGAGUUCGAUAGCAACAAGCAGUACGCUUCCGAGAUAUUGGCGAUUUUGUUGCAGAAUAGUACGGCGAACCAGAAGAAGCUGGGGCAGAUGAACGGGGUGGAUAUGGUGUUGCAGGCAGUGGCCAUGUACAAGUCCAAGGAUCCCAAGAGUUCUGAUGAAGAGGAGAUGGUGGAGAAUCUAUUUGAUUGCUUGUGUUGUUUGCUGAUGCCAUUGGAGAAUAAGGAGAGGUUUGUUAAUGCAGAGGGAGUGGAGUUGAUGAUUAUCAUAAUGAAGCAGAAGAAAUCUGCUUACAGUUCAGCCAUCAGGGCGCUUGAUUUUGCAAUGACCAAGUAUCCGCCUGCAUGCGAGCGAUUUGUUGAUGUUUUGGGUCUGAAGACAGCAUUCUCUGCUUUCAUGGGUAAGGCAAGUUCAUCUUCUCUGAUCUUCUGGCCUUGGCUGUAUUGUUUGAUAUGCCUUACCUCACUUCGCUAUGAUUUAUCUAAGUUAAUAAGGAACAUUCCGAUGAGCAAGAAGAAUAAGAAAGAAAGCUACCAAGAGGAGUUAGAAGAGCGAAUUGUGUCCCUGAUGGCAUCAUUAUUUGGUGGAAUUCUGAGAGGCACUAGGAGGGAAAGAUUGCUAAGCAAAUUUGUGGAGAAUGAGUGUGAGAAAAUAGACCGACUUAUGGAGCUGUAUAUUAGAUACUCAGACAGGGUAAAAUCGGAGACUAAAAGGAUGGAGCAGCUUGAAGUGGAUGAUAUAGAGAUGGAUGACGAGGAAAUAUACAACAGAAAACUGGGAUUUGGACUUUAUACCCUUCAGCUGAUUGCAAUAAUUCUAGGUCACCUCUGGUGCUCUGAGCACCAAGGGAUGAGGGCAAGAAUUGAACUACUACUGAAACAGCACAAGCUCAGUAAGAAGGAUGUCAAAGAUGUACUUCAGGAGUAUCACGACAACAUUGGUGACUUGGACGGACCAGAAGAAAAGGAGCGAGCACAAUCAAGGAUACAGAAGUUCAUAUCUGCUCUCUGAACAGGGAGACCAUUUGUUUUUUGUUGUCUAUUCGCGGCUUAGAUGUAUGUGACGGUUCGGAUGUAGUCCUUAAGUCAAUUAUUUAAGAAGGGCUUCUUUAGUUCGUAUCAGGAAAAUUUUAAUGAGCUUUAUUAGCUCAUUUGUACAUGGGCUACUUACCCUUGGAUUGUGAGUACCUGUCUACCUGAUGUUGUUUUAAAGACGUAUAUGACUAUAAUGCUAAACUAACUCGCAACAAGAAGA